AGCUACUCGAUUCAAUUCAUUCACAACAGUGACAAGAUGGUUCUCAAGGGAGUGGCUUAUUUGUUUUUCAUUCACGCGAUACUGAUCGUAGCGACUGUGAUAGCGGAAGUAACUACACAAUCCGAUAAGAAUGGCUCAUCUAACAGUGUAAAACUUUCGUUUGGAAACUCACCGAUGACUGCAAAGACCAACAUAAGGAUAGUACCGCAAACAUGUUCCAACCAUUCAUCCGGAAUCCAACCCGUUCAGCCGCAGUUUGGUUACAACGAGCCAUUUCUAGUGGUCUGUGAUCAGGACUACUCCGGAGGUGGAUGGACAAUAAUUCAAAACCGAUUCAACGGUGCGGUUAAUUUUUACCGUGGUUGGAAGGCGUACGAAGACGGUUUUGGUGAUCUUUUCGGAGAGUACUGGUUGGGGUUGAAGAAAAUUCAUGAGCUAACCUACGCAAGGCAUCACGAGCUGCGCAUUGUGUUGGAAGAUUUCGACGGCAACACGGUUUGGGCCCGGUACAGUGACUUCUCGGUGGCAGGUCCGGAGGAAAAAUACAAAGUAAAGAGUUUGGGCAGCUACAGUGGAACCGCUGGUGAUUCGUUUCGGAUGGUUUUGAAUCAAUAUUUUUCCACUUUGGAUGCGGAUAAUGAUCAACUUCAAAACGGGAACUGCGCUGUCCUAUAUCAAAGCGGAUGGUGGCACAAAGAAUGUCAUUUAAGCAAUUUGAACGGUUUGUACUUGCCGGGACCACAGCAGGAGUAUGCAACGAUGAUGUGCUGGAAGGAGUUCAGAGGACAUUACUACGGCUUGAAAAGUUCCCGAAUGAUGAUUCGAGCUGUCGAUAAGACUGCUGUAGUAUAAAGAUAAAUUAAUCUAUAGUCGUAUAAAAAAAUCAAUAUAAGUGCUGAAAAGACAAAAAAAUAAAUAAAAAUUUUAAAAUAUAUGGCAAUUUCAAACAAA